UUUAUUAUACGUGGCUUCUCACAUUUUCUAACGUUCUUUUAUGUUAAAUGCAAACAUGGCUGACGACGUGGUGAGAGGAAUGGAUGAAGUAAAGCUUGCUGAUCAAGAUAAGGUCAAAUCUAAACCCAAGAAGGAAAUAACAGAAAAUAAGAUGUCUGAGCUAAAUCCAUGGCCAUCCUACAUCCAGGACAGAAUUGAGUUGUGGAAUCAGUUCCGUGCAAAAUAUGAAGAAGAGCUAGCAAAAAAGCAGUCCGAACCAAUCAAGAUUACCCUUCCGAAUGGGAAAGUUGUUGAAGCUCAAUCGUGGCAUACCACACCAUACCAAGUGGCACAAGGGAUAAGUCAGGGCUUAGCCGACAACACAGUGAUAGCUAAAGUGAACGGUGUGCUCUGGGAUUUGGACAGGCCUCUGGAAGAUAACUGUAACCUUGAGUUGCUUAAGUUUGAUAGUGAGGAAGGUCAACAGGUUUUCUGGCACUCAAGUGCACACAUUUUGGGAGAAGCCAUGGAACGUAUAUACGGAGGUUUCCUGUGCUAUGGCCCUCCCAUUGACAGUGGUUUCUACUAUGAUAUGUACUUGGAGGAUCAGGGAAUCUCCAGCUCGGACUUUCCGGCCCUUGACGGUGUUGUCAAAUCCAUUGUGAAGGAGAAGCAGCCAUUCGAACGACUAGAGCUGUCAAAAGAGGAUUUGUUGGAGAUGUUCAAGUAUAACCCAUUCAAAGUUCGUAUCUUGGAAGAAAAGGUGAAAUCUCCUACCACCACUGUUUAUCGAUGUGGUCCUCUGAUUGACUUGUGUCGUGGCCCUCAUGUUAGACAUACUGGUAAAGUAAAAGCCCUGCAGAUUACCAAGAACUCUUCUACAUAUUGGGAGGGGAAUGCAGAUGCUGAAACACUGCAGCGAGUUUAUGGAAUUUCAUUUCCUGAUAACAAGCAGCUGAAAGAAUGGCAGAAGUUCCAAGAAGAAGCAGCUAAGAGAGACCAUCGAAAGAUUGGAAGAGAUCAAGAAUUGUAUUUUUUCCAUGAGCUCAGCCCUGGAAGCUGUUUCUUUCAACCACGUGGAGCUCACAUCUACAACACACUUAUAGACUUCAUCAGGAGUGAAUAUAGAAAAAGAGGGUUCCAGGAAGUACUUUCCCCUAAUAUUUAUAAUAGCAAACUCUGGGAAACUUCGGGACAUUGGCAACAUUAUGCUGAAAACAUGUUUUCCUUUGAAUUGGAAAAGGAAAAAUUUGCACUUAAACCAAUGAACUGUCCAGGACACUGUCUCAUCUUUGACCACCGACCAAGAUCGUGGCGUGAACUUCCUCUGAGAAUGGCAGAUUUCGGUGUUCUUCACAGAAAUGAGCUAUCGGGAGCACUGUCUGGACUAACCAGAGUUCGUAGGUUUCAGCAGGAUGAUGCUCAUAUAUUCUGUGCUGUUGAACAGAUUUCCCAAGAAAUUGAAGGAGCUCUGUUAUUCCUUCAAGAUGUCUACACUGUGUUUGGAUUCACCUUCCAACUCAAGCUUGCUACCAGACCAGAUGACUAUCUCGGUGAUAUAGAAAUGUGGAACCAAGCUGAAAAGCAACUUCAAGAGUGUCUGGAACGUUUUGGUCAACAGUGGACUUUAAAUCCUGGAGACGGUGCUUUCUAUGGUCCAAAGAUUGAUAUCACUAUCACGGAUGCCCUACGGAGACCCCAUCAAUGUGCUACAAUUCAGCUGGACUUUCAACUACCUGUUAGAUUUAACCUUACCUACAUAAGUGAGAGUGGAGAAAAGAAGCGACCUGUAAUCAUCCAUCGAGCAAUUCUUGGUUCUGUAGAAAGGAUGAUUGCAAUCCUGACCGAGAACUUUGGUGGUAAAUGGCCAUUCUGGCUUUCCCCACGUCAGACCAUUGUCAUUCCAGUAGGUCCUGCCUUUGAUGAUUAUGGUCAGCAGGUACAAGAUGAGGUCUGUAGCAGUGGAUUUUUGUGUGAAGUAGAUCUCGAUCAAGGAACCACGAUGAACAAGAAGAUACGAAAUGCUCAGUUAGCACAGUAUAACUUCAUAUUUGUGGUUGGGGAGCGAGAAAAGAUGUCAGGAACCGUGAAUGUUCGUACUAGAGAUAACAAAGUUCAUGGAGAGUUCUCUGUGGCAGAAGUCUUGGAGAGGUUCCGAAAACUAAGGGAUCAGCGUGUCAUCAACUCGGAAGAUUCUUUUUAAAGCUAAAGAUAAUACAAAAAUUAUUUAAUCCACCAGAUGUAGCAGAAUUUUAGGAUCUAUUUAAAAAUCUAAUUUAUCUUUACACCCUUCACUGUUAUUGCUAUUUUCGUAGUACAGCAGUCUUUGUUGUUUUUUUUUUCUAAAUUUCUGGAUUUGAACCAACAAUAAAUCAUGCACACAUUCCAUAGAAAUAAAUUUAAAAAGAUGAACAAUCUACUUUGUUUUUUUCUGCUACAGAAAGGAGAAUAAAAACAUGUGCUAAAAAUGUCCAACUUUGUUUCAACUUCAUAAUAUCAUCCUACAUUAGCUCAUUGUUUCCCGUUUACACUAAAGACAAUUGCAUAAAUUCAGUGUGUCUUGUCUCGUACUGGGUCAGCAGUAAGUUUGUGGAUUUAACGCUGUAAAAUUUGGGGUUCGAUUCCCCAUUAUUGAACAGAGUGCAAGUAGCCUAUUGUCUAGCUUUGUGCUAAAAUAACCAAACAAACCGUUAUAUAUAUAUUUCAAAACAAAAAGUAAUAAAUCAGGUUUCUCCUGCUUACUUUUGUAUUACAGUAGUAUUUGUAUAAGUCUUCUUUAUUUGAAUCAUUCACUUCCAUGUGUUCUAUGGGCUGCUAAACUAGUUUUUCAAGUAAUAAAAGUAACUGUUGAGUGUAUGGUGCUAAAUGUUACGACUAUUAAACAUGACCAAAAACA